UGCUUGUUCAGGAAGCAGGCUGCGUCCGCUCCCGUUACGUGGCUGGGGAAAGCGGCGGCGACGCGACGGGAAGCUGCGUCGGCUCUCCGUAGCGGUUGGGCUCCGUGGGGGAAAACCGGCCUCCUAUUUCUGCAAAAAGCAGCCUCCCUGAUAUCGCAUCCAGCUGCCGGUUCUGGACGAGCCCGCGGCUCGUGUUCCAGGGACCCCCGGGUUCUGCACACGGGGCUGAGCCAGAAAUCUUCCCUCCGGCUGGAGGAUGUGUGCCUCAGCCCGUUCCCGCCCCGGACGCAGGAAGGAGCCGCGAUCAUAAAUACAUCGCUGGGGCUUAAGGAGUUCAAGAAAUGCGGCCAUCUUGGAAAGCUGUACCCUGGGCUUGAAAAAUUCUAUAGGUGUGAACAAAAGACCUUCCCAGAGCUCAUCACCCUGAGAGGAAGGAAUGGCUGUCCAGCCCACACGGUGCUUGGCCUGGGUAUCGGCAGUGCUGGCUUUGGUCGCGGUAAAACCGUCCCAGACGCAGAGGUGUUCCUCAGAGAAGAUGGAAGACUUCAUGAUCGAUAUCCCAGCAGCCUUUUUCAAAGGCAUCAAGGGGACGGAUCCGAUCUACGCACCAUCCUGGGAAGCCUGUGUGGAGACGUGCUGCUCGGAAAAAAUAGCAGGUGAUAAGACGUGCAACUAUGCGAUCUUUAACACCAACGUGAAAAGCAGUUCUCCAAAUUGCUAUCAGUUUUAUUUCCCUGCCCAAGAAACCUGUCCUGUAAAACCAGCAUUAGGAAUGGUCACGUACAGAAUAACAGAAGGCAAAGAGAAACCCAAAUCAGCUCCUUCCUUAAAGAAAGUCGCUCAUUCUACAGUGGGCGGAACAGCAUCCCCACAUGCAGAUGGGUUUGGUCUUGCAAGGCCACUGGGUGGACCAGAUUCUUUGCCCAAGACCUCUAGCAAAGAGGAAACCUUUGGCCCUUCAGAUCAUCCCUUAGAGAAAGUAGAUGGAUCUUCCCAGCAUCCCAAAGCUGGAAGGACAGAUGGAGUCAAGGCUUUGGGUUCUUCGAUGGUGCCUGAAAGCAACAGUACUGCUAGCACCAUCCGAAGACCUACUCCUGUUAAACUGUCUCUCGCCAGCCUUGACACUUCGACCAGCAGGAUUGCAGCCAUUCAUAGUCCUCCUAGCCACGUCGCUACUCCUGCGCCUUAUGCCAGAAAGACACCGGCGGCCACUUUCCAGCCAAGCAAGGGCCCUCUUCCCAAACCAACGCAUCCUUCUGAAACUGAUUCUCACCGUUUCAGUCCACCGUCAUCCACCCUGCCUACUCCCUCUGCUUCUCUUCGGGGCUCCCACCUUAGUGAUGAUGGACGACUUAGUUUGGAAGGCUUCAGCCCUGAUGGCAGCCCAGCCAGGGACAAUUUCUCCCUGUUGAGUGACCAAAGCGCCCUCUUUGCCGCCUUGAUUUUCGGGGUGGUGUUUUUUUUCUUGGCAGUGGUGCUGUUAGGGGGGAAAAUGUUCUACUCACGUCAGCCACAGCAUUACACCCGACUGGACUACUUGAUCAAUGAUAUGUACGCCCACAUGUGAACGGUGGUCAAUGUGGAAGAAUUUGGCUGUCUUGUGGCCUUCGGGCGGGGCGGGAGGGAGAUGGAUUGAAUUUGCAGUUCUAAAGCAGUUCUGCACACCGAAGUCACAAGCUUCCAUUGAUUUCAUAAUAUGUUGCUUUCUCUUAUGAGCCCCUUCCUUCUUGAUGAUACAUCUACGUCUCACGGAGGGAUAGCCCACUGCUCCUUCCCAUUUGAGAAAGUCUGCAGAAAGUGUAGAGCUGGUGUCAGCAACCCGCAGCUCCCGAGCCGCAUGCGGCUCUUUGGGCCCUCUGCUGCGGCUUUCUGUCCCAUCACUGGCUGGCCCCACCCAUCAUCCUCCCCUCCCAGUCACUCCUCGCCUGGCCUUGGAAAUCCGAGAGAUACAGAGAGCAGUGGGAGAGAGACAUAGGUGCAGAGAGAGAGAGAAAGAAAGAGAAAGAUAAAGAGGGAGAAGGGGAGAGAGAGAUACAAAGAGUGGGGGGGAGAGACAGUGAUACAGAGAGAGGGGGGAGAGAGAGAGAAAAGAGUUUUGUGGUUCCCGGUGUUUUUUAACAACCGGUUCUCCGGCCUAAUGACCGGUGGGGCUGGGGGGGGGUCAUGUGACUGGGUGGGAAUGAGUGAUGUGGAGUUGGCUGCGCCCACUCAGGUUUUGUGGCUCCCAGUGUAGUUGUUGUUUUCCUGUGGGAAACGGUUCCAAAUCGCGCUCUGAGUGCUUUAAGGUUGCAGACCUCUGGUGUAGGGCCACAAUCCUAUUUAUUUGAUGAAUACAUCCUUAAUUUGAGCGCUAAUGGGGAAAAUUGGUGUCCAUCAGAGUACUUUGGCUACAACUCCAUUCUAGAGUCGAUCAAGUUUCUUUCAUCUGUUACAGCCCUGGCAUUGGGAAAAAAAUCUGCCAAGGAAGAAGAGGGUUAUUUUAGUUUUAAAAGGCAAAACAUGGGUUUGAUUUGCCUGCAGGGUAUUUCGUUCCUGGAGUGCAGAGUGCCACACUGCGUGGAAAAAUCAUUUAUAGCAGGGGUCUCCAACCUUGGCAACUUUAAACCUGGUGGACUUCAACUCCCAGAUUCUGGAAGUUGAAGUCCACCAGGCUUAAAGUUGUCAAGGUUGGAGACCCCUGAUUUAUAGAGCAAAGAACAUAUGGCAACAGUGUUCUUAUAUCUUUAUGAUGGUUGCAGUGCUCUGGGUCAUGUGAUCACUUUUUCCGACUUUCCCAGCCAAAGGAAAGUUUUUUCCAAGCAAAGUCCCCGAGGGAAGCUGGAUUCAGUUCAUCGCCAUGGUGAAAAAAGAUACAAAUGGGUGUGACCCCAUUUAACUCCAGUCCCAGUUUUGGUUGUAAGUCAAGGACUGCCUGUAUGCAGCUACAAAAAUCGGGAAUAGCCACUAGAUGGUGACGAGAAGAGUUCUAUCUCCUUGCUGCCCCCUAGUGUUUGCACAAAUUCUUGCAGCUCAGGUGUAAUAGUUUUAACUUCUUCUUUUGUUUUUUCCUCUUGGAAA